AUGACGCGCGCUGGAGGAGGAGCUGCUGAAGAUGCUGAUAAUGAUUCUCCAAGUAGCAGUGGUGCAACACCAGCUGCUCAACAAUCCUCGCCACCGCCACCAGAUUAUUCAACGGCCGCAACUUUGAGAUCAACACCAUCACAAAUGUCAGCAGCGAUUACGGUGGAUUUGGUGAUCGCUGCGCAGGUAAUUUUGAGGUUUCCAAAUUUCUAGAUCUACAAGAAUAUAGCCUAACUAAAAUGUUUGAAACUGAAAUUCUAGCAUUGCUCAGACUAAAAUCAAACUGUGGAGUUCCUCUCUAUUUAACAUGAGCAAUAUCCAACAAAAAUUGACCAUUGCUCAUGUUAAAAUCAUAGCCCUUUUCAACAUAUGGUUCUUCUCAGCAUUUUAUGAGUCAUGAAAAUAAAAAGCUUUGCUCUUUUGCUCUCUUACCGUACUCAUUUCAAUUUCGAUUCAGAAAAUUUAUGUGUUCUAAUUUCCGGAAAAGCGAAAUUUAAUGUGAUUGUUUCCGUCAAGUUGAGUAUUCUGAAUUGGUGGGAAAAAAAAACAAAAUUGAAUUUUUUUCAGAGGGAAGCCAAUUUUCUUCGAAUGAUUGAUCGGAAGGCGCCGCUACUGUAUGAACCAGAUGUUGUGAAUCAGGCGAUUCGGAGAUAUGAGACUUAUUGGCUUCCGAUGCAGGUAAAUUUGAAACCCCAGUGUGCAAUAGAGCGCACCUGCAUAAAGUGAAAAAUAUUUUUUGUGAUCUACCCCAAAAUAUGUUGUUCCAGGCUGCUCAUCCAGAUUUGAAUGUGAUUCCACCGCUAGAUGUCCACUGGAUUUGGCACACUCAUAUGCUGAGCCCAAUUCAUUAUCAGGAGGUGAGUCUGGGGUAUCCUGGAAUGCUUAGAUCUCCUAUAUUUCUCAGAUCUAUUAGAGCUCCUAGAACUUCUGGAGCUCCUAGAAUUUCUGAACUUCUAGACCUCCUGCAACUCCUGGAACUUCUGGAAUUUAAGAUCUUGUAGAUUUCUCAGAUCUAUUAGAGCUCCCAAAAGUCCAAGAAUUCCUGAACUUCUAGAAUUCCUAGAUCUUGUAGAUUUCUCAGAUCCUUUAGACCUCCUAAAACUCCAAGAAUUCCUGAACUUCUAGAACUCCUAGAUCUCCUAAAAAUCCUAGAGCUUCGAGAGCUCCUGAAUUCCUAGAAUUCCUGGAUCUUCUAGAUUUCCCAGAUGAACUUCUAAAACUCCUAGAAAUUCUGGAACUUAUAAAACAUUCAGAGCUUCUAAGUCUUCUGAAACUCAUAGAGCUCCCAUAACUUUUGAAGAUCCUAGAUUUUCCAGAUCUCCUAGAAAUCCUAGAGCUUUGAGAGCUCCUGAAUUCCUAGAACUUCUAAAAUCCUAGAUCUCAUAGAGCUUCUAGAACUCCUGGAUCUUUUCCAGAGAAUCAUAUAAAAAAUAUCCAACUUUAUUCGUUUCCUGUUUCUCUCUCUCUCUUUCAUUUUUUUCUGUUUCCCGGACAUAUGAUACUUUGAAUGUUUCGUCGUAUUCACAUUCCAUUCCAUCAUCUACAAACUUUUGUUCUUCAAAUUCGAGUAACAAAAAAAAUGAAAGAAAGAAAAAAUGCUGUGAAAAACGGGGGUUCGCUCGCUCGCUCUCUAAAUUCUCGCUCGUAACAUAUUCAGUGAGGCAUCGGUAAUUUUGUUUUCGGCGGCGCUGUGUGGACCGACGUUUUUUUUGGCCAAGACGGCGACGAAAAAAGAAAGAAAACGAUUAGAGAUGACACUUGAGUUUGUUUUUGGCUUAGGCUUCUUCUGGAAGAAAAAACGAAAAAAAAAUAUAGGGACCACAAAACAACUUGUUGUUAUUUAUUUAUUUAUGUGAGAGGAUAAAGUAAUGGACACAAUUUGAUUGAUGUUUGGGAGAAGAACUGCAAGAGUCUGAAAUUUGUCUGAAAAUAAAAAUUGCCAGGUUCCAUCAAAAAUGCACCAUUCUUUUUUCGUUUCAUAUAUCAAACAUUUGCGGGCUAAAAAAAAGAGGUGCGCGUGGCCAAGUGGUGAACAUGCACGUCUUUUAAAUUUUAGGUCGCGGGUUCGAUCCUGCUCCGAGGCAAACUUUUUUUCUUUUUUUCCUCAAUUUCGCUGCUCAAAAUGACCAUAACCAAAGUGAAAAUAUCUAGGAAAUAUACUAGUUUUUGGCAACAUUUGUUGCCUUGCACACAAAUCCCCCUGAGGCAAUGUCCUUUUUUCGCUCACUCGCCCCCUCGAUUCUUGUUUAUAUUUACAUCACUCUGAAAAAGAAGGGGGACUAUAUAGCCAUAUAUAAAUUUGGUUAAUUUCAGGAUUGCGAAAAAUUGUGCGGCAAAGUUAUCGACCACAAAUUGUUGUCGUCGGAUGAGAUUCAGAAGCGGUGAGGGGGCAACAAUCAUUUCAAAAAAAAAAAAAAAAAGAAAUCAACAAUUUCAGAUAUGAGAGCAGUGUUCGCGCUUGGGACACCUUCUGCUCACCGGAACCAUAUGAUUUUCUAGCAAGCCCGGCACCAACUUCCAACUACAAAACCAAAUGCGAUUACGAUAUUUGUGGAGCAGUACAACGGCAAAGAAACUUUAACUAUCAGGUACUCAAAUACAUCAAUCAUUUUGAUUGCCUUCUGUUGUCCGUCUGUCGUUUUUGUUGCCUCCCUCAAGUGUCAAUCGUUCGAUUAUCGCCUGAGAAAAAAUAGAUUUGUUGAGGAAAUCGAUUUCAUGGGAAAAAAACAGAUUCAGAAAAAAUUUAUCUGAAAAUGUGUAAAAGCCAUCAAAUUUUUGAAAAACAAUUCUGGAUUUUGACCUUGAAAACCUCAUGAUCUACAAUAUUUGAAGUCACUGAUGUUUUGAAUAUUAUCGAAAAUCUCACGCGCUCUACCGAAAUAAACACGCAACACAGACCACGUCGCGCCACAACACACAAAUAAGGGAACAAUUCAAAUUCCCUCCCUUUUUUGUAUGUGUUGUGGCGCGACGCGGUCUGCGUUGCGUGUUUAUUUCGGUGGAAACACGCGCGGUCCCGAUGAGAUUUUCGAUAAUAGAAUCUGAUUGUCAAGAUUGAUUAUUUUCCAGGUCUCCCUACCACAUUAUACAUCAGCAAAAUUCCUCUCGGACGCCGUCAAAAGAUACAUCCAAUUCCUUCUCCUCAAACAAACCUAUUCGGAUCAAUUCCUAACUCCUUGCUAUGAUUUCGAUAUCAUUUGGCAUACUCAUCAGGUUUGUGUUGUUUUAAGUAGAACAUCAAAAAACAUAUAUAAAAAGUGCUGCAACUGUCAAAAACAUGUCAACCGAACUAAUUUGAGAGCAAGCAGUUGGAGCAAAAAAGCCUCAUAUUUUAUAUACAUAGAAAUUGUUCUUUGAAGGUUCAUCCAUCGAGUUAUCUUCGAGAUUGUACUGCGAUUUUUGGAUCAUUGUUGAAACACGAUGAUACGGUGAAUGAUCGAACGAAGGGAAGUAAAUUGUUGAAAGGGGAAGCGUUGACAAAGAAGUUAUGGACAACACAUUUUGAGGAACCGUUUUGGAGAAGAGGUUGCAUGUUUAGGUUGGUCACUAGAAUUUGAAAAAAAAAUCUUUGCCCCAGAGCGGGAUUGAACCAGUGACCUAAAAAUUGUAAGGCGAGCGUGUUAACCACUCCACCACCCGCGCUUCUGUUUUUCUAGCCCACAAAUGUGUGAUAUAUGAAAGCGGAUUCGAGAUCAGCAGGUUCGAACGUGUACCUUCUCUUGUUAAUCUUUUUCGAACAGAUCCCAAUUUUUCUCUCCUAAAACUUCAAUUUUUAUUUCAGAGGUCACAAUGCUCCAGCUUUCCUUGGAUUCGAAAAUCAAGAUCUUUCCAACAUUGCCUAUGGAGAUAUCCACAUUCCAUCAAUAGCUCUCAAAGAUAUUCCAGUUCAACGAGAACAACUUCGACUGAAACUAUGUUAUGGUAACAAAAAAGUCACCACUUUCAACGCAGAUUUAUCACAAAAACAGGUUUCCUGAAAAAUUUCCUGAAAAAAAACAUUAUUUUUUUGUUACAGGUAACAAAAUCGGGUUUUUCAUUAGUUUGGCAGCCAACUGAUGCAUCAUCUUCCGCGUCAAUUGUCAAAUUUCCAUUCGAAAAACGUGCGCCAAAAGAGUUGACGGUUGAGUUGGAGAUUUUCGACAAAGUAUUUUUGCAACGAAAAGAUUUGAUAAAAUUGGUUGGAAAAUCAACACUCGAUCAAUUAUUGCCACCAAAUAAAUCGAAAUCCGCACAUAAUGUGGCUGAAGUGAAAUUAAAAACAAAAGAUUCCGAUAGAGAAAUGACAGCUAAAGUAAAUGUGACAACAAGUGUCACACUAAAUAGAGAAUUACAACUUUUGUCUGGAGAAUUUGUUGAAAGACAGCUACAAAAUGAUUCGCAUUUAACAUAUUUAUGUCAUUGUGCUUCUUUGAAUCGCGGAUCAUUGACACCAACUUCAACAGUUCAUCUAGCUACACACAGGUGAGCUAUAAUUUUGGGAAAAGCUUUUUAAAAAAGUUUUUUCAGCGUUGUGGAUACUCGAGAUGGCACUAAAUAUACAGUUCAAGUGAUUCAUUCAGCUCCACUUCUUCUUUCAAUGAUUCUUGUUUAUGGAAGAGAGCAAAGAUUGUUGGCGUUGGCACAUUUGAUAGGAGCUGAUUCUUUACCAAGUAGAGAUCAAUUAGAUAAUAAUUUGGUAUGUUUUCUAUCGGUGCUGGGCAAAAAUUUUUGAAAAAAAAAAUGCAAAAAAUAAAAAGAAAACAACGAGACUCCGCGUUGACGGCAACGCGCGUGGUUUGUAUUUAUUUAUUUUUAAAAGUUUUCAACGGGCUUCCAUAUUUCAGCCUAUACUUAUCGAAAUUUUCUGAAUUUUUUCACCGUACGUUUUUCAAGAAAAUACAGUCCCCUGAUUAUUUCAGCAAUUUUUGCCACAUCUCUCAAAUUCUGAUGAACGCGCAUUUGUUAUCGUAAACAAAGAUGGAGAUUAUGCAAUAAUAAAAGGACGAUGGUCUGGAUUUUCGAGAAAACAAAGUGCCACAAAAGGGCAAAAAGCGAAGCCUGGAAAUGCGGGAAGACUUCACAUCGACUCAUUCAAUCUUCUCAAAAACACAGUUCAAAAAUUGGAAGUUCCAUCGCCCGAAGGAUCGACACUUUUUGUUAUUGGCGAUGCGCAAGCGAGAUUGCCCGGAAAACGAAUCGAGUGUCGAUCGACGAAUACGGCGGAGCAAAUUGCGAGCGUGUUUUGUGUUUCGACACUGUUUGUGUUGUGUAAUCCGGAUAAAGUGAGAUCGAGAAGUGAUAGUACUUCGGUUGGACAUCAGGCGCAUAAAUGGCCAUUGACAUUGGCGUGUGGUUAUGGAAGACAAUUACCGACUAAUCGAUCGAUUUUGAGCAGUGAUCAAGAUGGGACAGGUAAGGAUGAACGUUUGAAAAAAAUAUUAAAUUGCGCUCAGUUCAACACUGGGUCAUGACGUGGCAAAAUCGGACUUGGCCUAACUAAGUUCCCCACAGGAACCCCCCCUCCCCCAAAGUACCCUCAACAUUUUUCAAAUUCCGUACACAGAUUUUUACACAAUCAGAAAACCAAAGUAUUUUCAUUUUAACAGUGUACAAAAACAAUAACAUUUUGCAGCUGUGUCCCCCAAUAUCAAACUAAACUUUUUUCUGUCCAUAACAAUAAAAUCUAUUUUGGCAGGUGGUUGCGAGAUAGCUCCCCUUCUGAUGUGUGGAAUUGGUUGCGACGGUGCGGCUUGCGGGGCGUGCGGAGCUUGUGGAGCGUGUGGAGCUUGCGGUGGAUGUGGAGGGUGUGGCGGGUGCGGUGGUUGCGGAGGAUGCGGUUGA